AUGCACCAUCUCCGUGAAUCUCUACUGAGCUCUCUGCCUAGAGACUCUUCUGCUCCCCCGACCGGCGACUAUGUUCUCAGAGAUCAGGAAGAUGCACGCCAAUCCGUCGCCCGAGACGACUUCAAGCAAGUGCGGGACAUUGCCUUCAGUAAUCGAACAUGGGUUAUUACCAGUCGAUACUGCAGCGUUGAAGAUGGUGUGGAUACUCUUGAAGACUCCAUACACCCCCUGUGGUACAUGUACUACGAGCUUGGUCGAAACAUCUCCUGCGAAGACCAUGAGCAUGAGGGUAUAGUCCUUGAUAUACUCCGCAUCCAAGGAAUGGGUCCAUUAAGUAGGCCCGCACCGGGAGGCCGGGGUAUUGACAUUGCAAGAACCGUCGACGGUACACUUUGGAACGAUCUUCCCUUCUUUACCAGUGAUAUGACCGCUUUAUGGGCCAAGAACCGGGCUACAAUGUCAGGCACGCACCGUCUCAACUUUGCAACAUUCCUGGCUAAGCUUGCUUCUGCUCGUGUUGCCAAAGAUCAGCUUUGCCAAAUCGCGCUUUUGAUCUUCCGUGAUCUCUUUGAAGUGGGCCGAGACCUUCGUACAGGAGAACAGUCAGAUGAAGAAGACCUUCACCGUGGUACCAGGCAUCUCGAAGUGUUUCAUCUGUUGCCUGCUGCUGUCGCUUGGUUGAAAGAAGCCGGCCAUAACAUCAUUCUUCUUUCAGACGUGUAUUGGAACGAUUGCUCCGGUGACACUGGAAAAGGUGGAAGGGAUUUCCUGGAAUCAGAACUCGGGCAGCGGUCGCCAGUUGGGUUUUCGCCAUGGAGAUACAUGUUUUGGUUGAAAAGGCUGGUUCAGAUCCAGGAAGAAGCCGAGGAAGCCGACGAUAGGCCUCUAGGCGAGCUUGCCAAAGAGGGCUGCGAGUACAUGAUCAACAUGAUCCGGGAUAGGAAUUCCGAGGUCCUCAGAGCGUACAAAAAUGGAGGUGAUGCCCUUCAUCAAGAUAAACAUCUUUUGUGCUUGAAGUCCCUUGCAUACCCUGAGGAUCUAGUUGCUCAAACCCGUCGAUCGGGCUUUUGA